AUGGAGUCUGAAGUGCGAACAUGGCUUGUCACGGGGUCUAAUCGUGGAAUAGGACUGGAAUAUGUUCGGCAGCUGAUUUCUUCAGCUUCAAAUAUUGUAAUUGCAACCUGUCGGAACCCUGUAACCGCAUCAGAGCUGCAGGCAUUGAAAGACAUAGCCAUUGGAAAUCUCUACAUCCACGAGCUGGAUGUCACCAAUCCGGAAUCCAUUGAUACUUCCUUGGCCUUGGUGAAGGACAUCCUCGAUAUUCAUGGCCUUGAUUAUUUGAUCAACAAUGCUGCAGUGACGGAAGGGAACGACCUCGCUUUCAGCAUGACAAUGUCGGGCCUCAUGAAUUCUCUUCAGGCGAAUGUCGCUGGACCAGCCUUGAUCUCCCAAGUGUACUUACCCUACCUGGAGAAGAGCAAGCGAAAGGUCAUCGUGAACAUGACCAGCGGCUUGAGCAGUAUUGGCCUCGAUUGUGGGAAGAAGAACGCAUCGUAUAGCAUUGCGAAGACAGCGCUCAACAUGCUUACUUAUAAGCAAGCAACUGAGAGGCACGACUUGAUCUCUUUCGUCAUUGAUCCUGGCUGGGUAAAGACUGAAAUGGGUGGCGAGGGUGCCGUACUCGAGCCUCACGAAAGCGUCUCGGCACUUCUGAAAUUUGCGGUUGAUGCCACGAAGGAGCAUUCUGGUAAGUUGUUCAAAUACACAGGUGAACCUUUGCCAUGGUGA